GUAUAAAACGUGCGGAUAACACGGCACCGAUAACACAAUACAGGAGCUGACACGUCGUCCGCCGUCAUUCGUCUUCAUCUCUUCGAGUGCUACAUCACAGGUCUGAAGGAACAGCGCGAUGAAGCUCGGUGUGGCUACAUGUCUACUGCUGGUGUCUGUAAUGUGCAGCCUAUUUGAAAAAGGUGAAAUGGUCACCAACAGCACAAACACCACCACCACCACCACCACCACGUCCACCACAACUAUCGCAGGUGGUGCCGCUGGUGGUGCCGCUGGUGGUGCCGCUGGUGGCGCCGCUGGUGGCGCCGCUGCUGCCGCCACCACCACCACCGCCGCCACCACCGCCAAGACAAACGGGGCUCAGUCCAUCAGCUUCCCCUUCUCAGGUGGAAACCUUCUGCUCCUUUUGACCACGUCGGCCGUCUUCUCCAUGGCGUUGCUGCUGAAUUAACGGACAGAACGCUGCUUCCUUUCACACGGGCGGUUAACGAAUACCGCAAACCUUCAGAUCACCUAAUAGGAAUCUAAUAAGCAAGUAGAUUGGGUUGAUGGAAUCCUUGUUAGCUUCUUUCUAAUUGACAACAUAAUCCAAUGUAUAUUAUAUAUGUGUGUAUGUAAAUAUAAAUAUAAACAGCUUCUAUUUUUCUGUAAAAGCAACUAGUUCUAUUCCUAACGUACUCCUUGCGCUUGUACGAACGUAUCGUUCUCUGUUUCAGUUUAACUAACACAAUGAAUUAGGUUUGUCAUAACCUGUGACCGUGUCGACGCUGCAGACGUGUCGUUCUUUCAAAGCAAGACCAACGAUCCGUCUUUUCUGCUCGACGGACGCAGAAGCUGUAAAGAACCAAAGGGACGAUCUGCAGCGCCUCGGCACUCGGGUCAGCACAUCUAAGAUGUAAACUGAUGUAGAUGGUUUUAUGGGUGAUGA